AUGAGAAGGGGUAAUAGAGAGAUAGUAGAUGCCCUAUUAAAAAAAGAAGGUAUAAAAGUUAACACGCAAGAUAAAUAUGGAGACACUUCUUUGCAUCUAGUGGCUCGGGAUGGUCGUGAAGAUAUAGUAAAGGCCCUAUUAGAACAAGAAGGUAUAAAAGUUAAUACUCAAGAUAAAUAUGGAAACACACCUUUACAUUUGGCUGUAUUAAAUAAUCAUAUAGGGGUAGUAAACCUCCUAUUAGCAGAUAAAAAUAUAGAUAUUAAGAUUAAAGAUCAAGGUGGAAACACUCCUUUAAUUUUAGCUAUGAAAAGGGGUAAUAGAGAGAUAGUAGAUGCCCUAUUAGCAGUAACAAUUAAGGAUGUAAAUAUUGAUAUAAAAGGUGAAGAUCUGCAUACUCUUUUACAUAUGGCUGCCCAAGGUAAUCAGAUAGAGGUAGUCGAAGCUAUAUUAGCAGAAGGUACACAAACACCUAGCUCUAAAAUAUAUGCACCACAAGAGAGAAGGUGUGACUCCGGUAGGAGUAUGUAG